GACUAAACAAUGUAGUCAGGCUUUCUUUUCCUUUUUGAUACCUCCUAGUGCUGUUUACCAGAUAGAUGAAACAGAUAGAAAGGAACAACAACCUCAAAACCCCCCAUAACAUCAAAGUCACAUAGGCGUUGAAUUUACAAGGUUCCGUCAUCGUGCAGUCAAACAGCAGAUGCUACUCAGAAGCAUCCAAAGACCAGGAUGCAAGUGUUUACUACCGAACUUCAAAAUGCUGUCUCGGAGGAUGUGAAGCCAGACACGAGCAACAGCAGAGCUCGCGUGUUAUUGGAAAGGCCCUCUUGAACUCAUCACAGGUCUGCAGCCUUCCUGUGCCCUGCACUCCAUUCCGGCGCUUCCUCCUGGGAUGAAAAACACUUUCCAACAGGUAUCCGGAUUAUCCUCCAAGGAGCCGUGACCUGUCUGAAGCCAACCUGCUCUGGGGAAAGGGAAGACGGAGUCGUUCUGCAAAGCAGAUCAGAUUGAGUCCUUCUGACUUGAUUUGAAAAAGUUAGACGGAACAAGUCUGCGCCCGGCUUUGAACUCGGCCUGCCGUCGUUCCGCGCCUCCCAAACAGGCAGGAGUGACGUGAAACGGCGACGCGAACGUCGGCUCCAGGUGGGAGGACCGCGAGCGCUGGGCCACAGUCAUCCGCGCGGAGGUGCGGCCAGUUCAGUACGUGAGGAAGUUUUCUCAACUGACCACUGAAGUACGGUGAACGGAACUCUGUCCUACAAAGAAGUGUCAAGGCUCGAUUGCCGUGAUUAACCCCUGAAAUAGACCACAGCCACACACAUUGAGGACUGUCCAUCUGCUGCGCGGGGAACCCACUCUGCACGGAGAGAACAGACAUCUUCAUCUUCACUGCAGACAGAUAGGCUUGAGAGAUGGAGAGCGUCGGUGCGCUUUUGGCUUUACUGAUGUGCCUCAGCACUGCAGCCUCAGAUCCCCAGUUGGUCUGUGACAUGAAAGGCAUUUAUCAGGAAGAGAAGGAGAGGAUCCAAGUACACGACAUAUCAGAAGGCUGCUGGACCAGCUUCCUCACAGAGGAUGGGCAGGAGGUGCACAUCCUGAACCUGCAGUUCAGCUUAUACACAGAAUACCCAAUACUGACGGUGACUGCUGCUGUUCCUUCUACCUUCAUCAUCACCAGCACAACAAUGAAUAACUUCAAAUCCAUCUACCUACGCGCCUCGGGCAACUCUACUUUCUAUGUGACCACUGCAAUAGAUGCAAAGAUAUUGUUCAUGACAAUGCCCAAUAAACAGCAACAUUUGAACGCUCCAGCCAAACAGGGCAGCGAGCUUCUUGACUGGGCAGUUGAAAGGUUUGGAGGGGUUACAUCAUUCACUGCACUACAAGAUCCACUCUCCAUCACCUUUAGCGAAAUAAGAGGGAUGAUGCAGCUGUCGGCAUGCCAGCUCAGAUGGGAAGCACCGAGUCAGAAGGGCUUGCUCCAAGUGAAGUCCGAAAAGCAUUCUGUUAAAUCUUGCCUAAUUGGCAAUUCCCCAGAAGAGGUAUACAUCAUCAAUAUUCCUGAUCAUGUCAGAAUCAGGAAUGUUUCAGUGGAUGUAGGCCUUUCAGAGUUGAAACUGGUCUUGAGGGGUCCCGUGGGAACCUACUGGAGAAUCAAAGCUCAAAAAGUUAAUUUUCUGACCAACAACCCUAUACAGCUGAAUGAUAUGUUCAUUCCACAAAUGAAGAACAUCUCUGACAAUGCCAAGGAAAUCAAGGAGUUGGCACUGGACUAUUACAAGGUUAAAGGCAUCACCUACACAGAGAUUCACCUCAACAGCCCAACAAUUAGGCUUGAGAUCAAGUCAAAAGGGCACACAUCAGUUACGGAGAGACCUGUAGACAGCAUAACCACUCCUCCACUUUACAUCGAUAUGCAGCUGUAUGCCUCUCCGGACUACAUGUCACCGAUGGAUCCUAGCACCAAAGUACAGACUAACAGGAUGAUAUAUGCCGAGGUCUCCAACAUGGUCCACGGGAGCCUGAACUUAAAUCUCAAAGUGGCUGGCUGUGUGGUGCGCUCCAGAAACAGGCAGUCAGAGGAGAGGAUGCUGUCCUACAAGCAGGAGUCAUGCGCCUACAGAGCCUGCUACAACAGCGUCAGGUUCAGCUUCUCCUUGGAGACGAUCAAGGAGCGGGACGCGGGCACCUGGGAACUGGAGUGUGGCAUUACCUUCUGCCCUAUGCCAGAGGGACCCUAUAAUUGUACUGCACCUCAGCCAGUAAAGAGGAAAGUACAGGUCAUCCAGUCGCAUGGACCAGUACCAAAUCCCUGCUUUGAGUUUAGCCUGUCGUCCGUGUUGGGCAUCGCCUUCGGAGGGUUCCUCAUCGGCGUGCUUCUUGUUAGUGCCCUCUGGUUCAUCAAAAUCCGAACAGGCUACCCUCCUGCUCUGGGUCUGGCCUCCACACGUAGCUUCUUCUCAGGAUGUCCAUGCACGCUGACCAAGCGCCAGCCUGUGCCCAUUAACUCCUCUCCCUCUGAGAACAGCAGUGCAAAUGGCAGCAUGGGCAGCACCCAGAGCACACCCACCAGCAGCAUGGCAUGAGCUGCUAGGCCCUGCCCCCAGGGCCCCCCCCCACUCCAUCCAGAGACAUCUGCUCCCUGUCCACCAACACCACACCAUAGGAGCCCGCUGCUUCACCUUAGGGCUGUGCUGGGAGGGGGUGGGGGGCAUUAUGGGGUCAGGGGUUAUUCUGAACCAGGACUUUUAACUCUCCACCUCUCCAGCCACCCAGCGACAGGAAGUCAGCAGGAAAAAAGAAGACGAAGAUGAAGAGAAAAAAAACCCAACAAAAACCUUGGUUACCCAAGACAGGAAAAGCAAAGCAUAUCCCCUAAGAACUAACAGGAAAUUCACUGCAUUCUUUUCAACAGAUUGUGCCUCUUGCAUGGAGGCCCAGUAAAGUUUCAUGGAAAAAAACACAAAAGCAAACAAACAAACAAACCCCCCCCCCCCCCCCCCCCAAAACAAAAUACAUUUAAUGGAGAUGUCUUAGGGGACAAACCACUCUGCCCUCUGUCACCACCAAUUACAGCAACAAGAAAAAGAAGAAGGAAAACAAAGCCAAGACAUCUGAGGAUGCACACACGGGGAGCAGUCUGCUCAGUUCAGCACUUCUUUUCAUGUAGCCAAAAGUGUGGGUAAAAACCAAGUGAAACCACCCCUCCAUUGCUAUAACUGUCUGGUUUGCUUCGAUUUGAGCAACUGACAGAUGAUAUUCACUUUUUACCAUUAGAAAGGCUGCCUCCCAGACACAGGGGAAACUUUGGGAAAAGGCUACCUCUUAAUUUAUGUAGGCUGUUAUGUGUUGAAACAGUAGCUUAAUUAGUUAUUCAUUUUAUUACUGAUUUCUGUGAGUUGUAUCAAAUUUUGCUACAGAAAUGGUGUCACUGUAAUAUACAGUACAGUCCAAAGGUCUGAAUCCAUUACCAUGAACUGAUUUAAUACCAAAUUUCACACAGUUCACCCUAAUUGUAUAUAUACGUUUUGGUAUUUUUUGGAAAUCCUCAGUAAGUGGACUGUGACAUCUGGACCUUGCUGUAUGUAUUAUUGUAAAUGACUUUAAAGUUUGACUCUAGCACAGUACCAAAGAAAUAUUAUGGGCUAAGGUUUAUGGAACCAAAAUCAAUAUGUUUAACUGAUUUGAAUUUUUGUACAAAAUGGACCAAAAAACAUUUGAAUGUAGACAGGACUUAUUUUUAAGUGAUCCUGGUCAUUGUCAUAUGUUUCAGUUAUUAUUGCCAUAAUAAUCCUCUGGUUAUUGUCACAGUGUUAAACAAAAAUUUGUCUUACAGUAUAAGUCCCAUAUUGAGCAAUUAAAUAGGAUCUCACCCAAGCAGUAUGAAUAUGUGGGGAAUGUGGAUUUGAGUUUAAAUGUAUGUUUUGCUGUUUUACUUUGUACUUGAUCACAGCUUUAUGGAUACUGUGUACUAAGAGUCUGUAAAUGAGAUCAGGUAAAUUAAGACAUGUAACCAAACGCCAAACAUUUCCAAACCCAGCAUCCUCAAUCUAAACCAUGUAUCUUAGGUUACAGUAUUUUUUUUUUAUUUUCUGAUGUAUUUGAAGUACACUUUAUGUUUGAUGUGGAUAUGAUUGUGUGUGUGUGUGGGUGGAGGAGAUGGUUAUUAUGAUUUCUGAACAAAGACUGAAGAAAAGAAAAUGCCACUUGAGCAUUUGUGCAAUACUUGAGGUGUUCCUCUUAAUUAUGGUCACUAAGUCUGAUGUGUCUGUCCUGUGUUUUGUAUUAGCUUUUUUUCAGCUCAUAUUUUGUAUUGUAUAUUCUCUCGUGCCACAUGAGCAUAUAAUGUUUAGUCACCAGUGUUACAGAGUUACAAACAUUUAACUACAAAAAGCAAUAAAUCUCAAUAUAUAUAGUUUAUUUAGCGAUGGUGAUUCCCCAAGACAGACUUACCAAAUACAUUUUUAGUUAAUGCCUAAAUAUAAAUAUCCUAAAUGUCUCUGCUGUGAGUUUGGAUCUUCUCAAAGAAUGCAUAUGUUCUUAAAGCUUUUAAUAAUUAAACAAAUCAACAAAACA